AUGCUCGUCAAAGAUUUACCACUAGAGCAACGACAAGCACUCGAGGACUUGACUAAUGACAUUAGCAAUGUCUUCAAGUCAAUCUCGACAGAUUACCUUGAGCAAUGGCGCAUUGAUUGCGAGCGUGGCCCACUAACCGACUGCCCCGAGAGUGUGAAGCAGGUUGAACAAGGGUCCAAGGCCAUUGGUCUUGAUCACCUUUCAAAGUAUAUUCAUGUGGAGCCCGACUACUAUGACUGGGAAUUGCAGCAGCGCGCGUUUAGAGUUCAGGCACCUUCUCGCGAACACAUGUGCAAAAGUGUGGUCCUAGAAAAUACACGCUGUACCCAUAGUUCCAUUGAAGAUCGGGAUAACUCUCGUUACUACUGUGUCAUUACUCAGUAUGUCAAACCUGUCAACACUCAGAAACUACUCAAUUUUGUAAGAGAUUUGAAAAAUAGAGAAAUCAGUAAGAAGUAUUACAAUUUUCGUCUGGCCGACUCAGAGAAAUCACUUGAGCUGACUGGUUACAAAUCAGGAGGAGUAUGCCCUGUUGGCAUGACUCAACCUGUUCCUAUAAUUAUUGCCAAAUCUAUUCUUGACCUGGAGCCUCCUGUGAUUUACUUGGGUGCCGGUCACAUUGACUGGAAAUUGGGUGUCCCUGUAAAGGACUUUAUCGAAGCCUCUGGCUGUUUUGUUGCAGAUUUGGAUUAA